GUAAACUGAUACGGGCCUUAACGAUACUUUCGUUGACAGUUACAGAUGCGGGCACUGAUUGGCUGAGAGGCCACAUCGAGGCACUUUUAUUGAUAAAAAUGAGUUCAGAAUACGAGCCUGAGCGAGUGUGUGUAUGUGAGCUGGUUUCCGAACUUUCAGUUGUGGUGUUGGGUAAAAUCGGAUUCUCUUAGACGUAGUUUCUGAACGCAGCCCUGGCCAGCCUCGGACAGAUCUCGGCUCGCAACGUGGUUAGCUGUGUGAAUUUGCAGUGUGCGAUACCGUGAAACAACGAUCGUAUCUGUUCGUAACUCCUUGAAAAGUCAAGAUCGAGAGGGCGACAAGAUUGUACAUAUUUCUGUAACGAUCCACGAGCGCAACGAUGGACGUGGAUCCACCAGAAUUUCUGUCGAAGGAUGACGAGAUUCAAUAUUGGAUGGAUUUGGCUCAUCAGUUGCAUCAGAGGAAAGACGAUGUUGAGCGUGAGCUGGAAGAAUUCCAAGAGAAUUCGCAAAUGUUAGAGAAAGAAUUGGAAACUUCCUUGGAGCAAGCGGAGAAGACAAACAGAGAACUGAGACAAAGGAACACGAGGUUGGCCACAGAGAUCGAACAGUUGAGGGCACGAUUGGAUCAACAGUCCACGGAUUGUGCUAUGUUUCAAGGAAAGGCGCAAGAUCUGCAGCUGCAGCAUGAACACUUACUGAAAUAUAUUAGAGAACUCGAACAAAAGAAUGAUGACUUAGAAAGGGCGCACAGAAUAAAUAGGGUCACAGAAGAGGAAAUAGAGGCUAAGUUUAAUUCAGCUAUAGAAAAGAAUGCCUUGCUCGAAUCGGAGCUGGAUGAGAAGGAAGGCUUAAAAGUUAUAGUGCAAAGAUUAAUGGAUGAAGUCAGAGACCUAAAACAGGAAAUACAGGUGCACGAGAGGCAUCAUGCGGACAAUAAUAAGACCGUCGAUAGAGUUCGUAAUAUCGUCGAUAGCAAUAAGCUGCAGGCCGAAUUGGAGUCGAAUUCACCCGCCAGUCAAUUACCACCGCAAACCAUACCUCCAAGUAGCACAACAACUUCGCCAUUGAAAAUUGGACACGGGAUGGUAGGAGCGGUAAUUGGAAACAACAAUAACAAUGUGAACCAACCAUUGCCACCCUGCACCAGAAUACUGGCGAUGAAUAUGAUCGGCGACCUUAUGCGGAAAGUAGGGGCGUUGGAAAAUAAGCUGAACACAUGUCGAAACGCGUUUCGAGAAGAUCAAGCGGUUCGUGAUCUCUACAGGGCUAGACGACAAGUCAGAAGCCCAGCCUCGGGAAACAACAACCACAUUCGAUUAUAAACGAAAGGACGUCGCAGCGAUCGUAUGUCCGCACACAUACAUGUCACAUUGUGUAAUACCGAUGUAACAAUUAGGUGAAUAUUUGUUUAACGGUGAUUUUUUUCGUUUAAGUUAAUUCGAUAAAGUUUAUACAGAAAUCGAAAAGCGCUUAUCAUGCUAGGCAUGAAAUCUCUCCUUUUCUCUCAGCUGUAAUUUUUGCAGUGUUACCGUUGCCACUAUGACUCGCGUAAUACUCUCGUUUGUGUUUUCCUCUAUCUCUGUUGUAAACGCGAAUGAAAGAGUAUAUUUUAUUAUAGAAAUCUCUACAUAUAUGUGUGUAAGCUCCGCCGCUAUAAAUUACUUAAAACCGGGAGUUGAAACCGAUAUAUAUAAUUUCGGUGAACUGAGUUUCUUACGUAAUAGGCAUAUGCAAAGAAAUCGUCUCUUAUCGUCAAGAAUGACAACAUGUUCCGCUUCCAUCGACGUUCAUUUGUGAUUAAACUUAGACAUAGUCUCUCUUUCUCAGAUCCAAAUUUGAGCUCGGCGAAAUUACAUCGGUCCCUGCUGAAAUUGUAAUAUUAGUACAGAGAUGACAGGGAUGAAUUCUAUCACAUUUCACUUUUUCAAGCCUAUUAUGCUACAUUACUAUAGAUAAAUAUAUAUACCGCCACGCAACAACGUAUAACCAUUUUAGAAACUGACAAUUUUUCAUGUAAAUAACUGACAACGAGACCGUACGAAAUUGAAAACUCGGAUAUGAACUAAAUUUUAAUAAUUUAUAAGGGGGGACUUUCUAAAUAUAAACAUGGAAUAUUAGAUAUAAACGGCCGACCGUUCAAAAGUUAUUAACGAGAAAGAUUUCAGCGUCCACGUAGACCGAUGUGGCAUAGCCGAGGCGUAAGUAAUUACGUUGUACGAAGAAUCAAUAAAAAUUUCGAUUUGAAAAUUUAUUUUGUUCUUAUAUUGCAUCUUUUCGCUAAUAAAAGAAUUAAAGAAUUACUAUUUUAUUUAAAAAAAGAAAAAUCAGUUGUAAGAAAAACCACGGUGAGGAAUCGAAUCGGACUUACGUUUUAGCAAUUAGACGUCCUGCUAUGCAUCGUUUCGAAUUUCGGCUAUACUACACCAGUCGUUGAAAUCUUUCUUCGUUAAUAAUUUUGGAGUGGCUGACCAUCUAUACCUAACAUUCUACGUUUGUACUUCGGGAAUCUUCCCAUAAACUAUUAAAGUUUGUUUGAAUUUCCAACUUUGUGUGGUCUCCUUGUGAGAAUAAUAGUAACGCGAAGUACUAUUACUUAUUCAUAUAUAUAUAUAUAUAUAUAUAUAUAUAUACAUGU